AUGGCGACGGGUGCAGAUGUGCGGGACAUCCUGGAGCUGGGGGGUGUGGAGUCUGAGAACACGGGCACCAUCAACAAGAAGGAUAUCAUCAACUCAGAUAAGAAAAAAUCCAAGAAAUCUUCAGAGACGUUGACGUUUAAGAGGCCGGAAGGAAUGCACAGAGAAGUUUAUGCACUCCUCUACUCUGACAAAAAGGAUGCACCUCCGCUGCUGCCAAGUGACACAACUCAGGGUUAUCGAACAGUCAAAGCAAAGCUGGGGUCGAAGAAAGUCCGACCUUGGAAAUGGAUGCCUUUCACCAACCCAGCAAGAAAAGAUGGAGCUAUGUUCUACCACUGGAGGAGAGCAGCAGAGGAGGGAAAGGACUACCCGUUUGCCAGGUUCAAUAAAACAGUGCAGGUACCUGUCUACUCAGAGCAGGAGUACCAGAUGUAUCUCCAUGACGAUGCGUGGACCAAAGCAGAGACAGACCACCUCUUCGACUUGGCUCGGCGUUUUGACUUGCGCUUCGUGGUGAUUCAUGACCGCUAUGAUCACCAGCAGUUUAAGAAAAGAUCUGUGGAAGAUCUGAAGGAACGGUAUUACCACAUCUGUGCCAAGCUGGCUAAUAUUCGUGCAGCUCCAGGCACAGACCUGAAAAUCCCAGUUUUUGAUGCUGGCCAUGAGAGGAGGAGGAAGGAACAACUGGAAAGGCUGUACAAUAGGACACCAGAACAGGUGGCAGAAGAAGAAUAUCUCAUUCAGGAGCUCCGCAAAAUUGAAACCAGAAAGAAGGAGAGAGAGAAGAGAACGCAAGAUCUGCAGAAACUCAUCACAGCUGCUGACACCACCACUGAACAGAGACGUGCUGAACGCAAGGCUCCCAAGAAGAAGCUGCCACAGAAGAAAGAGACAGAGAAGCCUGCCGUUCCUGAGACUGCUGGCAUCAAGUUUCCUGACUUCAAAUCUGCAGGUGUCACGCUGCGAAGCCAGAGGAUGAAACUGCCAAGCUCGGUGGGACAGAAGAAGAUUAAAGCCCUGGAGCAGAUGCUGAUGGAACUCGGAGUAGAUCUCAACCCUAUGCCCACUGAGGAGAUCGUGCAGAUGUUCAACGAGCUGCGGAGCGACCUGGUUCUGCUGUAUGAGCUGAAGCAAGCCUUUGCCAACUGCGAAUACGAGCUGCAGAUGUUACGGCAUCGCUAUGAGGCCCUGGCCAAAGCUGGUAGCAUCGGCCCCCUCGGUGUGGAAGGCACCCAUCCAGACGGCCAGACAGGGCUCGGCAUCGAGGAGGGCAAGGGAGAUGCCAAGGACCAGAUCAUUGACGUAGUAGGAGCACCACUGACCCCCAACUCGGUGAGAAGGAAGGUUGUGGGGGCAGAACAGGGAGCACUCAGGUCUCCGACGCAGAUGCCGUGACGAGCACUGGGGAUGCUGCCCUGCUCUCCCUCCAGGCGUGCGCGUCCAAGGGAGCACAGCACGCCUUUUCCCCCAAGUCCCAGUGCUCUCUGGGCUUGUCUCCUGUGCUGGACAGUGUUCUUGGUGCUAUAGGUGGGGUCAGCAGGUCUUUCUUCAUCCUGCAUGCAGGCAGAUGGCUUGAUGUGGGUGCCAUCGUGGACCAAAGCAGUGAAGCUUUGCCUGAUGAGAGCUUGCACCAGGGCAGCGGCAGUGAUGCCAGUACAGCCGCAGGCCUGAGGCAUUUUCCUCCAAGCCACGUAAGGGCUGCUCAGCAGGGGGAAGCAAGCGGGAAAAGCAGUCUUGAUACGAUGAGCCGUGACCUGCCCAAGUCCCUGGAGUCGAGGGGUAUCCUGGCUGGGGCAGAAGGCUUGGGAAGGAGAGAGGUAUUUGAAGAGCUGAGCAGUGUUUCUAUACUCUGCUUCCAGCGCUGAGGAAGAAAAGCCAGACCUCGGAGUUCUAGAAGCCACUGAAGCUUCGCCACGAGCCCUGCAACCUGUGCCUGUCCAUCUGCAGGCUGUACAUCAGCAGCCCUCUCCUCCCUAACUCCAUGAGGGCAAGUUGCCCAGCCCCUCACCCUCAGCCCUGAGGCAGUGGUGUGCUUAGAGGUCAGGCAAGGCUGCUUUCCCCUCUGUGCGCUCCCCUGGAACAGCUGAGCUGAACUGUCUGAUAAAAAGCUGCCCGUCUCCACGCAGUGGCAUCCCUGACGCCUCAGAUAUACUGCCCCUGGUAGCGUCACAGACCUUUAUUUUCUAAAAUGUAUAAUGUAUUAUUUCAGGAUAUUCAGAACACCUUAUCUGUCAACAGCAGAGGUGACGCAUUAAUCUGGACUUGAGUAAUGUCCUAUUCAGUUGUGACAACAUGGAGUCAUAAGGAAGCGUUCCACCGAGA